CCAAAACAUGGCGUGAUGAGUAAGCAGCAGCCGACGGACAGAAAAAUACAAACGUGAAAGUUUUUUUGAUUGCGGAAGUUUUGUGUCGUUCUCGGAAGUUGAUCUAAUUUAUUUAUCCUUUGGUCAGCGCAUACUGAACAUUGUUGCAGAGUAACAAAUAUCACAUAACGACAAAUUAUCAGGCAUUGUUGUAUGCUGUUGUUGGACAUGGUUUUAUUUUAAAAAGUGAAUCGGUGAGAGCAGCAGGGAAUCAAUGAUGUCUCAGGCAUCACUUUCCCAGCUUGAAGUCAUUCACAUGCUACCCCGCCCGGAUGAACUCAACAUGACCCAGAGUCCAGGCAGUUAUGGUAAUGUUACUACGGUAACGGAUGGAGAAACAACAGCAAAUCAAGUUACCACGGCAAUGGAUGUAACAACAAUCACCGAAGCUCCAGUUUCGUUAGAACAUUGCCUUUGGAUACUCUAUGCAGAAUUCGGCACAUCUAAUGUGCGGAUAUGGGACGUUGCCCUCCUUGUUCCCAACUCUCUGUUCCUCCUGUUUCUCAUCUUCAAAGGCAAAAUAGCCGUCGCUAAACUACGACAGACGAGCAGUGCUGUGUUCUUUGCAUUUUAUGCUAUGGUUUUGACAGUAGCCAUCAUCAGUGUAGCCAGGGCCGUUGUGUCAAUGAUGGUCAAUGCUUCAACAAAUAGUGGUGAUAUUACCGACACGGUUCUAUGGAUCAUCGUCAAGUUUUUCCUGAUUUCUAUUGAGCUGAGUGUGAUUAUCUUUGGGCUCUGUUCCAGCAUCGUUGACAGUAAAAUCAUCAUUAAAAGGAUUCUCAUGGUCACGUCAACCAUUGCGCUGGCCUACUCGGUUACACAGGGUGUUCUAGAGAUCAAGUUUCCUGAUAAACAUUUUGUAGCACCUGAUAAAUAUGACAUCUACGCUCACGGUGGGAUGAUCUUCUGGUGUAUCAGCUCCUCAGUAUUUGCCUUGGCAUAUUUCACAGUGUUGGUUCUUCCAUGCACAAGAAUUCAAUAUGUUAUACAACUCCCUGUCAAGAAGUCUUUUUACAGUUACGUGGCAUUUCUAGCCUUAUUAAAUCUGAUUCAAGCUGUUGCAAGUGGCCUGGUGUAUAGCGGAGCUAAACCUGCUAUAUGUGUUGUAGAUGCCACCUCAUACGUCUAUUUCUCUAUUUUUGCGCCGUUAAUCUACCUGACAUUCCUACACAAGUUUUUUAGAAAGUUCAAGCAGCCCCUACUUUUGUCCUACAACAACCCGGCCGAGGAGGCAGAGGACGAGGCGCACCAUCUCCCCCAUUCCUACUCAACGAACAGUAAGGAAGAACCAAUCAGCAUCAGCCCGGCUAUGUACAACAGCACAGAGUUCGGCCAAUCACCCAAUGUGACCUUUGGCCCCUUGGUCAUCGGUAACCCUAUGGAUCACUCUACGAUACAGGCAGGGGUACCAAUCAGUCAACAACCAAGUAUCAACUACUUGGAGUAAAUCAAGUUAAGUUGUGGCUAUAUAUUUGCUUAGGGGAUGAAUUAGCUUAUCAAAUUUAUGUUGGCGCAUAUAUUGACACAGUAAAAAAUAACAUGAGAAAAUUACAUGCAAAAAGUUCAAGAAAAAGUACACCAGAAUAAUAUUGAUUGCUGCUUGUUUUGGCCACUGGGCGAUUUUCAAAUACUAGGUGGCAGCAGGCUUACCAGGUAAACUGCCAUUGUUUGCGUAGUUCUAAGCAUGCGCACAUUACCGAGAACAAUGGAUUAUUAAACCUGGUAAUUCUGCUGCCAACUGGAGUUCCAAAGUCUCCCAUUACUGAAGCGGUACAGGUGGAAGUGGAGUUUGAUUUUCUCUUAAACUGUGGCAAACUUUACCAAAAUCUCAGCUUUGUUUCAGUUCUCAAUGAUGUACGUGAAAUUUUGAAGUCGAUAAACCAGCGUGUGUCAGCAAAGAACUUUCAAUAUUAGAAAAUAUAGCCAAGCUCAUCCAUUCUUGCCUUAAUUUUCAAGAAUAGCCGGGUCCAAAUCGAAUUAUGGUUGUAGCCGCAAUAUUGAAAUUUGGCUACUCACCUUAAGUUAAAGCCAUUAAUUUCACUCUGAUCAUGAUUUGGACAAGUUAAUAAUGACAUACUGUCAUGAAAACUACUGGAUCGCACACAUGCAUAUAAUGACAUCGAGAUUGUUAUCAUAUCACCAGCUGUGCCUAGUGGACUAUCAAUUACUCAUCGUUAUCAUAGCCAUCUUUUAUCGGCCUUUUUUUUGUUUGUUUUAGUGUAAAGUAAAACAAAUUACAGGUGCUAUACAGGACUGGUUAAGGAACACUGUUUAAUUUUACUCUGAAAUACAUUACUUUACAGUGUGAACUUACUGUACUGAAAUUGUGUCAGAAAAGAUAUGUUGGUGUGUCUGGAUGUGGGUAGAAAAAUGUAACAUGAACGUUUUGAAAGGUUGGCACACAUUUUUACCGCGGCCCACCAUAAUAAUUAGGAAAAUUUGCAAAGGGGUGAUUUUGAAUGGUACGUUAAUUUAAGGGCGGCUUCUUUAGUAGUAUCCAUAAU